AUGAAGCUUCCUUCAAGUCGGUUCCGGUUUGUGUCGUGGCAUCGCCUGGAGCAGUGUGAUGUUACGGGUGACCAGCUGACCUGCCCCAGGGUCAGAGAAGGGCCAUCAGAAGAGCUGUUUCAAAGAGAUAGGGAUGACAUCUGUUUGGAGAGAGGGAGGAGAAGAAGGAGGAGAGAGGAGGAAGGACAAAGAUGGGAGGAUAGACUGCAAGAGAAUUGGGAAAAUUGUCUGGAGUUAAAUUUGUCCUACCAAGACUUGGGGGACCCCUUCCAGCAAGAGAAUUUCCUUCGGAUCCUCCGCCGGUUAUUCCGUGUGGAGAAACUACAACUGGUUGACAAUUCCCUCAGCAACCUGAGUUCUGUACGUCUGCCAAGGUGCAAAAUGCUAAACCUGCACCGUAACCACCUGGUGUGUCUACGUCAGCUGCCAAAGCUCCCAGCUGUGGAGCACCUUUGUCUGUCUGAGAACGCCAUUGGCUCCCUGGGGGGACUGGGAGCUCUAGGGAACAGCCCUCUUCGCUCCCUCAACCUAACCCGCAACCCAGUGACCUUCACUCAGGACUACCGAGCACGUGUUUUCCUCUGUUUGCCAAAGCUGGAGAUCCUGGAUGGAAUCCCCAAGCUGCCAGAAGACUCUCUGCCCACCAGACUACAGUUCUCCCAAACUACCAGGAUGUGUAACAUCUUAUGACAAUUCUCUCAAUGUAUGGAUGUGUAUGGAAUUAGUUCUCCCAAUCCUACAACACUUGACACAGUGACAAGGAUUCAGCAAAGCACUCUUCAGCAAACGUUGAAGUUGCACUAAUGGUUUCAUAGAGCUGUUAAAUUUAUUUACACAAAUCGUGUCCCGACAGGUGCCGAAAAAUGCUGACAAUGACUGCCGUCACAGUAAAUGUAAUGUAAUGUGCUCCAAGGCCAUGUAAAAUACUUUUUUAU